AAGGAACAAACACUCUGGCUCAUCCGAAGAUCCAUUUCUCUGGACGUCUUUCGCAAUCAAUUUAUACUCGCAACCAUCGACAGUCGUGAACAUCUGGUCCGUGCGGGGCCAAGCAUUCGGAGCCCUUUGACACCUCCGUGAGACUUUCGUCAACAGCAAUCUCAACACUCUCUCUCUACAAUCCGCAAACAGAGAAAACAUUCCCCAACACCUCUGAAUUCACUUCAAUACAACCCGCGACCAUGGGUAACGACGGAGGCUCGAUACCCACCCGCCGCGAGCUCGUCAAGGAAGCCGCAAAGGCGCUCACAACCACACAAGUCAAAGAAGUCCAAAACGAGCAGCAAGAAUACGCCUGGUCGCAUGAUCCGCUCACGCGGAAACCGCUCUCGCGCCCCGUGGUCUCCGACGCCGCGGGCGUGCUGUACAACAAAGAUUCCAUCAUCGAGUUCCUGCUCGCGGAGGAUGGCGCGGCGAAGGCGGAGCAGGAGAAGAUGCUCGAGGGAAGGGUGAAGAGCUUGAAGGAUGUCGUGGAGGUUAAGUUUGAGAUUGAUAGUGGCGAAGAGGCGCAGGCGCAGACUGCGAAUGGUGGUAGUGGGAGGAAGGAGAGGUGGGUUUGCCCGAUCACGGGGAGGGAGUUGGGGCCUGGGAGUAAGGGUGUGUAUCUCGUACCUUGUGGUCAUGCCUUUGCGGGGAGCGUGGUCAAGGAGGUCAGCGGAGAGACUUGUUUGCAGUGCAAUGAAGCGUAUGCCGAGAACGAUAUCAUCCCGAUCCUACCAAUUACACCGACAGAUAUCGCUAGGUUGUCUUUAAGGACCAAGACAUUGAAAGAGAAGGGUCUGACACAUGCGCUCAAGAAAGCACCGGGUAGCAAGAAGAGGAAGAAGAAUGCUGAGAAGGAGGCCAAUGGAGUUGAUGCCAACGGCGAGGGUGUCAAAUCGAAAGAUCCCUCUUCGGGAGAGGAGAAGAAGUCAGAUAAGAAGGAGAAGGCAAAAUCAGUCGAGGUGCCCAAGAAUGGUAUCAAGAAUGCUUCCACUGCUUCGUUGACACGGAAAGUGUUGGAAGAACAGGAGCAAAAGAAUAAGAAGAGAAAGUUGGAACAGAACGACAAUGUCAAGAGUCUGUUCUCUAGCCGAGAUGCGAAGCCCAAGGCCGGAAACAGUGCGGACUACAUGACGAGAGGCUUCACUAUUGGGGGAAGAUGAGAAGGCAGAAGGAAACACUUUACAGGAUAUGAAAGUUUCGGCGUACGAGUACUCGAAAACUUGUUUUUACGGCCGUUGGUGGGAAUCGCCGGGCCGGCAAUUUGCCUUGAUCUUGAAGGUUGGCUGCUUUUGCAAUUCACAACCGUACAUGGCGACCAGGUUCAUGUAGCACCAGUCGACGACCUUGAUGGAAAUACAUCACACUUAAGAGUCAGGAUCACCUCAAAGCGAGAGACAGACUCAAUUGGCACACAGGCGAUCUUCAAACCUUAUGGAUAUGAUCCUUUGCCAAUAUCACAUGGUCCAUCCUUCCAUUUUACCUACUUUGAAUUCGGACAGCAUUCUGAGUUCGAACAGCAUUCGAACCUCAAGCUCAAAAAGAAGCAUGCACUUGCAAUAAUUGGCUCGUAUAAGUCGUG